UAAUGGUGACGAGUAAGCAGCGUGCAGCGUGUUCGUCAUACAGCCGACACAUAAAAUUUUCAAUGGCACGAAUUUCGCAAAAUUUUCACAUUUCCACGCCAAACUUCAAUUGAUUUCUACUCACCAGGCCAUCGCAUUGCACCGAAGCGAUGGUAUUAUCCGACUCCGGUUGGCGUUGAUUUUGAUUUCGGCGAUUUUUUCCGGACAUUGUUUCACGACUUUAUCGCACUUGACAAGUAAAAUGAAAAGACAGAUCGACACUGUUGUGUGGGGAUGGUUGACGUGAAGUUGUCCGCACAACAAACGCACGAAAUGACGUACUAGAUUUCGAAAUCAUUUUCGAAAUUCAAUUGACACAUUGUACGAUGUCAUCUGCAAUUGACUGUAAAUAAAUGAAACGAAGACAUUCUUUGUGAUAUAUCAUAGGAAUAUAAACAUAGAAAAUUAAAAUAUUUUUCGAUUUUUAUCUCAUUUCAAAGACGAUUUGGUCGAUUUUCCCGUGAAUGCACGAUGAGUUGAAUUGCUUGGGAUUUUUUUGCGCUGUGCAAAUAUCCCGCGAUCCAAGUAAAUAUCAUAUUGAAUUUUUUCUGAAAACAACAUCACAACUAUGAAUAGCAUUGGAGAGAUUCUGUGCAAAUAUGUUGGAUACAAUGACCUCGAAAAUGUGCAAAAGCUCUUAGAUCAAGGUGCAAAUCCAACACAAACCGCACUUUGUGGACGUACGGCGAUUGGAAUCGCUUGUUUGAAUAAACAUGCUGAGGUGUUGAAGCUUCUCUUGAAUGCAUGUGCGAACUAUGAACCAUCACAUUAUGACUAUGACACUGGGGAAAGUGAAGCGAAAAAAUGGAAGCGACAAGAAAGAGAUGGUGAACACACACCGGAAGGUAUGGACGAUUUGCAAUGGGAAGAUGAGAUCGAACAACCACUACCUGAACCAGUCAAAGAGGACACGGUUGACGAUGAAUGGUCGGUGUUGUAUCGGUAUUAUGCACGCAUAAUUGAGACGACCGGAGAUUUACUGGCCAAUGCAAUCAGCAUGCGAGAUCCACAUUGUUUAGAUGCCUACCAAGAGGCACCACUUCAUUAUGCAGCAUCCGUGGGUAGCUAUGAGUGUUUGGAAUUGUUGCUCAAACAUAAAGCACCGAUAAAUGUCACCACCAGCACGGGAUACACGGCACUUCAUUUAGCCGUUGAGCAAACACGAAUUGUCGAUUUGUUGUUGAAAUACAAAGCCAAUCCGAACAAAUUGACAUAUCUGGAUCAGAUGGCACCCAUUCACCUGGCCACCAAAUUCGAUGCGGUUGAAACGAUUCAGCUCUUGAAAGCAGCCGGUGCUCAGGUGAACAUAGCGACGGCUUGCGGUCAAACCGCUCUCCAUUUGGCAUCGGUGUACGAGAAAUAUGAAGCGGCUAUGACGUUAAUUCAGUGCGGGGCAAAGGUCAAUGUGCAAGACGAAGAAGGAGUGACACCUUUGUUCACGGCGAUCGUUGUGAAUGACUGUCGAAUGGCCUCGAUGCUAUUAAAAAAUGGAGCAAGACUACUUCCAAGCCAGCACUUACUUAGUUUUACGAUACGGAAUCAGAUGCGAGAAAUGACACAUUUACUGGUUGAAGCGGGUGAAAAUGUAAAUGGUCGUGAUCCGAUUGGUUGGACUCCAUUAUUACUUGCAAUCCACAAACGUGAUAUUGCCACAUUGGAAUACUUGAUUGAUCAUGGGGCAAAAAUCAAUGAGAAUGCUUACGUGCUCAAGGAAUUGCACGUGGCUGUGCAACAAUCUGACUCAACCGAGGCGUUCAAGAGAAUAUUCCGGAUUUUGAUGAGACAUGGCGUCGAAAUUGAUAGCCUAAAUAAAUGGGGCGAGACCCCUUUAAUUUUGGCAAUGCUCAUGGAAAAAUAUCAAAUUGCCGAAUAUUUGAUCCACGAGGGGGCUAAUGUUAACGCCGGUAGUUUCAUCAAAGCCAGAGAUUGUAUGCUGUUAGUGCGAGAGUGCAAUAACAUAAAUCUAAUUAAACUUUUUGUAAAUUCCGGACUGAAACUGAUAUGGUCAGAGCUGUUAAGCAUUGUUAAUAAUCCAAAUUCACACACAAAUGAAAUCCACAAUGAUAAUCAUCGUCAACGAAGGGACAACGCCGAACUGGAACACUCAUCAUCAGAAAACUGUGAAACGUAUCUUAUGCGAGUUUUAACCAAUCCAUUAUCAUUGAAUCAGCAUGCUCGAAUCGUGAUACGGAAUCGUCUCAUUGAAAAUAUGAAGCAUCAACAGUUUGUUCGAGACUUUGUUCUAUCAGAUCCAAAAUAUCAAUUAAAUAGUACACUUGAAUACAAUAGUCCAAAAUUAUCAGCAAACACAAAUACAAUGGUCGCAUCAGUACAGCAUCGACGUCGAAUGCAACAGCAGACCAGUUCAAUUUUAGAAUGCCUUAUUUGGCAAUUGGAUGUACCGAGAAUUUUACACUUUUAUUUGUAUGCAUUUCCAGAUGUGCCGCCCAUGCCUGAAGACAUUACGGUCUUUGUGAAUGAUUGAAACAUAUUCCAUUUUUAUGCAUUUUUAGAGACGUGAUGACGGGCCGAACCUUUUGUGCACGACCAAUCAUUUUUGGUCGCAUUUUUAAAUGGUCUAACUUUUAAGUGUGAACCAUGUAUAAUGGAAACAGAAAUCAAUAGCAAACCGAAAAAUGAAAUACAUCAUAAACAGAUCUAUGAACAACUAAAA